AUGGCCUUUAUUUAUUCUGCUGUUUACAGUAAUAGAAACAUAUUAAUAGAAGAGUCAAAGACGGAGGGAAACGACAGAAUUCUUGUGUACUCUGCCGUGGAAAUAAUGGACUGCAUAAUAAGAGAAAGCAAGACAGACACCUUCCUGGGAAUUGUGCAGUACAAUGGAAAGAAGGCUAGCGGACUCCUCCUGGAGAACGGGUACAAAGUUCUAGGGGUGUUCGAGGCGUGCCAUGACGAAAGGCCUGAGAUGAAAGAGCUUGGAGUGCGCGUUCGGGGCAGGAUUGCAAACGGGGAUUUUAAUCGAUUUGAAUUUUAA